AUGGCAAGCCUUCGCAAAGCGUGCCGCAACUGCACCGUUGCCAAACGUAAGUGCACUGUCGAAGUCCCGCAAUGUGCCCGCUGUGCCAAGAAGGGACUUCACUGUUUGUACGAUCUGGCCCCAUUCAACACCGUUGCAUAUAAGCCUGAAGCACACAAACUCUCCUAUAACCUCCCCGGUGACACUAAAUCCGGUCACUGCGUCAUGAAGACGUUUGAUCCUUCCUUUUCGAGUGUCCCAGGAACCUGCAAGCUUGAGCAGUCAAAUAUUUUAGAGAUGGUGCGUCUGGGCUUGCUAUCUGUCCAAGAUCUUAUCAAGAAACGCAAGCCAGCCAUCUUCAUACAUCCAGGGCUGCAGGUGCAGGAUGGCUACAACCACUAUUUAACCCUCAUUGACGGCCAAAGAGGUGGCGUAACACACCCAUACUUUGACCACCUGCUCAAAGUCGACAUUGAAGCGGUUCCAAUACCAGAGGCUCUCACGGCAGUUCAGGCUCUUAUCAUCCAUUUGUCAAUAUCUUUGUUUGUAUCAGAUGCAGUGGAACAGGCAAUUGCUGAAGGCUAUAUUGACAGGCUCUGUUGCUGGAGUCAAGCCUUAUUAAUAUCUGCCCAACCUAAGCUACCUCCACUUCUAUCUCCAUGGCAGACAUGGCUUUUUGGCGAAAGCGUCCGACGUACCAUCAUCAUGUCACACAUCCUGCGUCUCGCGUACUAUAGUUUGAAACACGAGUUAUGCUCGAAUUGUCUUUUCUUUGAAUCCCUCCCGUUUGACAAACGCUUGGGUUUAUGGAUGGCAGAGUCACCGCAGGCAUGGAUUGCAGCUGCACAAGUUCGGCUUGGUAAGGAUGUUGGGGUACAGCUAAGCUCGCUUCAUGAGUUUUCACGAGAUCUUGAUGGGACCAACCCGGAGCUCUGUGGAGAUAUGUUCCUGACUCUGGUUGCUAUUGGUCAUAAUGGGGGGGAUGUGAUUUCAACCUAUGGGAACUAA